GGCGUGGUCAUACAGGUCACGUGUUUUAGGUGCGGUCGCAACUUGUUUCCCGUGUUUGUGGACAACUCUCAGUGUCAGUGUGCUCUGCUGCAGUUCACCUGUGUAUCAAGGACCAGAGGAACCAGAUAAAAUGGACUUGGCGUCAGCUCUGGGAGAUGAAGAAACAGUGACAAAGUCUGAGGCUCAUAGUGAUGAGAUCAGCUGGCCCUGGAGUAAAAAGGACAAGGAUAAGGGCAAGGAGUCCAGUAAGGAUAAGGGCAAGGAGUCCAGUAAGGAUAAGGGCAAGGAGUCGAGUAAGGAUAAGAAGGACAAGUGUGGAGGUAAAGACAAGGAUAAGUGUGAGGGCAAGGACAAAGACAAGAAGCACAAGAAAAAGAAGGAGGGCAAAGAGGGCAAGGAGCACAAGGGCUCAGGCUCCUCAUCUUCAUCUUCAUCUUCCUCCAGUAGCGAUGAGAACUGAUGCUUCCUGUGGGACAGUGCUGCUAUAAUAGCAUCAGAUUCUCUCGUCUGUUGACAAGUGCCUUCGCUCGUGUGAUCAUGUUUGUGUGUGUUGACUUGUGCGGCCUAACAUUUUUUCUUCUUGUCACUCAAAUUCAAAUUGAUUGUAAUUAUGAAUUGAAGAAAAAAAGAAUUAAACGGUGGGAGUAAAAACUAA